AUGUCUCAUCAACAAAGGAAUUCUGGUUAUGCUCCAGCAUUACGAGGUUAUUCCACUGAUCCACGUAUGAUGCAACCUCAACCACAACGUCAAAGUAUGCACUCUCCUCAACAAAGACAAAGUAUACAUCAAAGACCUCCUCCUGGUUCAUAUAAUAUGGAAAACAUGGCUCGACCUAGACCUCCUCCUCAUCGACAAUCAACUCAACAUCCUUUACCACCUACUCCUGGUCAACCUCGUGCUUAUCGUCGUAAUACUGUUAGUAGAUCAAGAUCAUUAUCUCGUCCUGAACGUCAACGUCCAAAACAAGGUAUGUUCCGAACACCAUCACAACAACGUCGUAUGAUAGGAUCUGGAAGACCUGGUCCUGCUGGAGCAACUAUGAUGCAUCAUUAUCAACGUCCUCGUAUGAAUCCAAAUCAACCAAUGUCUAAUCGAUUACAACAACAAUUACAACAACAAAAAUUACAACAACAACAAGAAGCUUUAUUAAAUCAACCUACUAUGGAUCCUCGUCAACAAAAGAAACUUGAACAAUUAGAAGAAGAAGAAAAACCUGAAUUGACAUUGUGUUAUAUCAUUCUUUUACUUUGUGCUGCACUUGGUUUUAUUACUUAUGGUUUAACGGCAACAUUAUGUCCUAAUCGCGAAACAAAUUUGGCUUAUUCUGCUAUGGUUAAUGGUGUUCGAUUACCUAUGUGGCGAUCGGAUGUACGUGUUUUGGGUCGUGUAUAUGAUUUAGAUGAUAUGAAACAUUUCUUUAGCUCUAAAGGUCUCAAUUUUACAAACGAUUAUGAAAACAUGGAUAUUUCAAGUAUAUUCAAUGGUGACACUACCGGUGCUUGUACAUCCUAUGAUUCGGGUUCUCCAACUACUUUGGGUGAUUGUACUCUUUAUAGUCCUUAUGGUGGAUCUAUCAAACAAAGUGAUGGUCAAUGUUUCUCCAUUAAUGAAUUGAAACAAUACAAUUCGAAGGGUUAUUUGGCUUACAACUGGGAAGAUUUACGACCAAAUGGAGUAGACAGUUUAGGUGAUACUGAUUUAGUUGUUUUGGGUGAUUCUGUAUUAAACUUGACAAAGUAUUUAAACGGCAAUAAUGACUUUUACGGUACAAAGGUGCGAACGGCGUUACAAUCAAGUAGAGGCAAUGAUGCAUCUUAUUCACUAUUAUUUACACCUGAAGGAAAAGAUGCUCGACACUGUCUAUUAGCUCGGUAUUCCGUUGGUAUUAUGGAGGUGGAUACAGGUGGAUGUAUUGCUUCACAAAUGAUCAUGACUAUUAUGUUAGUGGUGAUCAUUGCUAUGAUUGUAGUUCGAUAUUCAAUGGCUUUACUUUUCCAAUGGGUGAUUGCUAGUAAAUUGGUCAAACCUGGUGGUCGUUCCAAUUGGCUUGCUUGGCGAUCUAUCAAGGGAGGUAAUGAUGAUCCUGCGAAUCAUGUUCCUGGUCCUUAUAACAACUAUGUUAUGAACAACAAUUAUGCUCGUGGUUCUUCUACUUCUAUCGGUUCCGGUAUCUCUUCUCGUGGAACACCUCUCAGUGAACAAAGCUCAGCUGUGGAACUUGGUGGUCCUCAAACUGAUAUUGUAUCUACUGAACUUUAUACCUGUAUGUUAGUCACUUGUUAUUCUGAAGGUGAAGAUGGACUACGUACUACUAUGGAUAGUUUGGCUCUGACAACAUAUUCUAAAAAACAUAAGGUCUUUUUUGUUAUUUGUGAUGGUCUUAUUACUGGUGCUGGUGAAACAAAAUCUACUCCUGAUAUUGUCAUUGAUAUGAUGGAUCUUGAUCCUACCAUGAAAGAUCCUAGUCCUUCUUCUUAUUUAGCUAUUGCUGAUGGUGAAAAACAAUUGAAUAUGGCAAAAGUGUAUGCAGGUCAUUACAAAGGAGUACCUUGUAUUACCAUUGUCAAAUGUGGUACUGAAGAAGAAAAGAAUGCUCCCAAGGCAGGAAAUCGUGGCAAACGUGAUUCUCAAUUGAUUUUGAUGAGUUUCUUCCAACGAGUUCUCUUCAAUGAUCGUUUAUCUGAACUUGAUUAUGAAAUAUUCUGGAAAAUGACUUGGUUGAUGAAAGGGGUUACACCAGAUAAAUUUGAAUUGGUUUUGAUGGUGGAUGCUGAUACAAAAGUUUUACCUGAUGCUCUGACUUAUAUGGUGGCAGCUAUGGCAAAUGAUAUUACUAUUAUGGGACUUUGUGGUGAAACUCGAAUUGCUAACAAACGUGCAUCCUGGGUCACGGCUAUUCAAGUAUUUGAAUAUUAUAUUUCUCAUCAUUAUGCCAAGGCAUUCGAAUCAUUGUUUGGUAUUGUUACUUGUUUACCUGGUUGUUUCAGUAUGUACCGAAUCAAAUCGCCCAAGAAUGGUGCUUGGGUUCCUAUUUUAGCCAAUCCGGAUAUUAUCUUGGAAUAUAAUCAAAAUGUGGUGACGACUUUACAUGAAAAGAACUUGUUAUUAUUGGGUGAAGAUCGAUUUUUAUCUACAUUGAUGCUUCGUACUUUCCCUAAACGUCAAAUGAUGUUUGUACCUCAAGCCCGAUGCAAGACUGUAGUACCUGAUGAAUUCAAAGUGCUCUUAUCUCAACGUCGUCGAUGGAUCAAUUCUACUGUACACAAUUUGAUGGAAUUGGUUUUGGUGUCUGAUUUAUGUGGUAUUGCUUGUUUAUCCAUGCAAUUUUCCGUAUUUAUUGAUUUGAUUGGUACUUUGGUAUUACCUGCUGCUAUCUGUAUGACCAUUUAUUUGAUUGUGAAUACUGCUAUCUCUUCUAAUCCUCAAUGGCAAUCAUUGGCCUUAUUGAUUGCUAUCUUGGGUUUACCUGCUGUACUGAUUGCUAUUACUACCUUUAAAUUUGUUUAUGUUAUGUGGAUGUUAAUUUAUAUUAUUGCAUUACCCAUUUGGAAUUUCAUCUUACCAUUAUAUUCAUUCUGGCAUUUCGAUGACUUUUCUUGGGGAGCAACACGUGUAGUUGCUGGUGAAAAGAAAGAUAAAGGUCAUGGAGAUGCUGAUGGCAAAUUUGAUUCAUCUCGAUUGGUGAUGAAGAAAUGGGAAGAUUGGGAAGCUGAACGUACAGGACAACGCUUUAACAAGAAUAAAUUAUCAUUGAAAACACCUUUGGAUCCUCCUUUGGCUUUUGAUGGUCUAGUGAACAAUAAUCAACCUGGUAUGCGAAAGAGUGGUAUUGUGACUCCAUCCACUCCUGGUUCUUUUGGUAUGAUCUUUAAUGAUAGGAAAAUGUAUGGAUCUUCUCCAUCAUUAGGUGUUUCCAAUAAUGCUCCUUCUCCCUCUCCAAUUUCUCCUGGUCAUCCAUAG